AGAGCUCGACGGAUCAAGUGUGAUGAAACACCUGAGAAAUGCCGGAAUUGCACAUCAACGGGAAGGGAUUGCGACGGCUAUGAGAUACAUCGCCUACCUCACCUUACCAAGAGGAGUAACUACCACCUGGUCACCACCGCCGCCAUCCCAUGGUCAACCACUUCCGAUGAGCGCCGCUGCUUCGCAUUCGUUCAAGCACACACAAUUCCAGAUGCCCUCAGCUACCAUGACUCUCCGCUCUGGCAGCAGCUUAUCCUCCAGAUGGUCAACAGAGAACCAGCGGUCUGGCACGCCAUGGUGGCUUUGGGAGCAGUGCACCAAGAGGUCGAACCUAGUAAUCUCGGCAUACCAACCACAUUGGAGUGGAUGGCCAUGGCACAGUCUACACGGUCGUUUGAAAUUCUGCGUCGACGCAACCCGCAAGACCCGCUGAUGGGCGAUGUGACCUUGCUCUGCUGUCUGCUCUUCAUUAUGAAAGACCUGGUGCGACAGGAUUACGAUUCCUCCCUCCAGCAUCUUCGUGCAGGUUUGCGUAUUAUCCGAGAAGCCUCUGCCCGGGGCUCGUCUCCUCGAGAAACCCCACCAGUCUAUUCAUUCUGGGCGACGACAUUCCGACAUCUGGAUUCCCAGAUCGGCGUCGAGGGCCGGGCCUUGUGGGGCGAUGGCGGGCUUGAAGCGGGUCCUCCCGCCGCGAAUCUAUGGCAGUCCCCUCAAACAGUUGAUACCAUCCAAGAGGUACGACAUGCCUUGGAACCUGAUUUCAAUCGGUUCAUCAAGCUUGGGCGCCGCUGCUGGAAGAUGUCCCGGCACGAGAUCUUGUCUCAAUCCUCGGAGCUGUAUCUGGAGCAAUUCGAACUCAUAUCGCAGAUCAGCUGCGCCAUGCAGUUUUUCGAAACCUUCCGUGCCCUACGGUACGACGGCCCCAGCACCAAAGACAAGCGAAGUGCCGAUCUGCUAGAGCUCUGGGUGUCUUCAGUGUCCCUCGGUACAAGAACAUGUACCAUUCACUACGACCCCACAGCGUUGCAGCUCUUCACCCCACAAUACCGAGCCCUCUUUCGCAAGGUGCAGCGGUUUAUCGCCGAGCUCCCCGAGCGACCAACCGUGACGGUCGAUCUCGGAGUUAUCCCGUUGCUCUUCCUAGUAGCUGAGGGGUGUCAGGACUUCCAGGUGCGCUGGCAAGCCCUUCAGGAGCUGCGAGACUGGCCGCACCAGGAGGCCCCGUUCAACUCGGAGACCAUCGCUUCAUUUUUGGACGAGCGGCUCAGGAUCGAG